UGUUCUAUUUCUGCCAUAUGAUGAAUGUGUUGCCGGCAAAAUAUCUUCCGGUCGGCUACCGGUUCCGUCCGACUGACGAAGAACUGAUCAAUCACUACUUGCGGUUAAAGAUCAAUGGUUACAUUGAUGAAGUUAGUUGUAUUCGAGAAGUUGACGUUUGCAAGAAAGAACCUUGGGACCUACCCGAUUUGUCGGUGGUUGACUCGAUUGAUAACGAAUGGUUCUUUUUUUGCCCCAAGGAUCGUAAGUAUCAGAACGGGCAGCGAUUGAAUCGGGCAACGAUUGCUGGUUACUGGAAGGCUACAGGGAAAGAUAGGAUGAUUAAGACUACCAGGGGGAAUCAUGUGAUUGGGAGGAAGAAGACGCUUGUUUUCUAUACGGGUCGGGCUCCGAAAGGGGAGAGGACUCAUUGGGUGAUCCAUGAGUACUGUGCUACAGAAAAGGAACUCGAUGGUACCCAUCCUGGCCAGAGCCCUUUUGUGCUUUGUCGUUUAUUCAAGAAACAUGACGGGAAGGAUGAGAAUUUUGGGGGUACAAACUCUGUUGAUGUUGAUCAGAGCAUUGCCUCUCCCCUAUCCAAUGUAAAGUCUUCCACCGAAGAUCCUCCUUCAGAUCCCGUGACUCCAAUGUUGACUGGUCAGCCAGAGGUGCAACCUUCAAGCAACAAUAGUUGGGCAAUUGAAGAUUCUGAUAGAACAAGUGUCGACCCUCCUCAUUAUUUUGAUUGGCAUACUAUGAACCAUGAAAAUGAGAUGCCAGAUGUUGAUCUAGAUGAGGCUCUAAAUGCUCUUUGUGAUCCUAUACCAAACGAUCUGGAUUCAAAGAUCUUCUCGCCUCUGCAUUCUCAGAUGCAUCUAGAGUUUGGAUCUUCAUACCAGGGUAACCCUACACUUUGCAACCCUAGCAACGAGCAUAGUGGGUAUGGAACAAAUGUGAAGGAUAUGAUGGAGUUUUUGGAGAACGUUCUAGUUGAACCAGAUCAUUUUCCUAUUGAAGAUACUGGUUAUAAUGAGGCUUUGGCUGCUCAAGCUUCUAUGCAGGAGGAUCAUGUUAAAGAGACUGGAUUUAUCAGCGAGUCAGGGGGCGAAAUGGUCCUGAAAGAGCCAUCAGCUAGUGGUUUUUCUAGCAGAGGACCAUCUGUGCAGGACUCUGGGAGGCCUCUUCACAUGGCUCAUGAAAUGUAUAGACCAGCAUACGCAGGUCCUUCUGAAGUAUUUGAUAGAGUUUACUUACAAAGCCUAGAUAUCAUCUCGCGCCCUCCUGCUGAAGACCAAGUGCAUAAUCUGGUUAAGGAAGAACAAAGUGAAAACAAUUUUGGAACAGGGAUCACAAUAAAAAGUCGCCAAAAGCCGAAGCCUGUUGGUCUUCCAAGCCAAGGAACUGCAAACAGAAGAAUUCGUUUGAACGUGAAUCUACAAAUAUCGUCCAUUAACCAGCAUCCACUGCCAAAUUGGAGCUCCACUGAUGAAAACCAUGACGAGAAAUCUAGCUUGACUGAGAUGGAUAUGGAUUGUUUUCCUUCCGAAGAUGCUGAAAAAGGUUCGGCUGCUCAACCUUCUAUACAGGAGGAUCAAGUUAAAGAGGCUGAAUCUAGCGGCAAUGGAAAUGUGAAUAGUCUGGUGAAGGAAGAAAAAUUCAGCAAAUCUGAUGGGAAAAAUGAUGGUGGAACAGGGAUCAUAAUAAGAACUCGCAAAGGCCCAGAGCUUCCUGAUCUCCCAAGUCAAGGAUCUGCAAGCAGAAGAAUCCAUUUGAGCGUGAAUCGGCUAAGCUCCAUUAACCAAAAGCAGCCACCUCCCAGUAUGAGCUCUAGUGAUGAAAACCAUGAAGAAAAAUCUAGUGCGACUGAAGUGGAUUGCACUCGUUUCGAAGAUCAUGUUAAAGAAGCUGAAUCUAGCUACAAAUUUCCUGAAGCAAAUGCCAUCUUGCUUCCUCCUGCUGAAGAUCAAUUGAAUUCUGACAGUGAAAACAAUUCUGCAACUGGGAUCAUAAUAAGAACUCGCCAAAAUCAGGUUCCUGAUCUCCCUAGCCAAGGAACUGCAAACAGAAGAAUUCGUUUGCAGAAGAAACCAAGGUUCAUUCACCAGGACCAGCUACUGAAUUUGGGCACCACUGAAGAAGGUCUUGAUGAGAAAUCUUGCGUGACUGAGGCAAAGGAAGGCACUGAGAUUUUAACAGAUGAUGAGACUGUUGAUCAAGAUUCCAGUUCGAAUGUGAUUCAGGCAAAGAAACCAUCUUUGUUCAGCAGAUUUAAGGCAGCAUUAACUUCAAUCCCAGAGGUCUUGCAUAUGCCAAAGGUGCUGAUUGUCGUGGGCUUGUGUGCAGGGGUGGUUGCAUUACGAAAACACGUAUCGGUAUGAAGUUGUGUAGGUAUGUUGCAUGACUGUGAAUGAGUAGGUUUUAGGGUGUCGAAUAGUGGAAACUGAUGACAUGGAGAGGCUUGUGUUCAUAUCUAUUAUAUUUUACAUCAAAAUCCCAGUUACUGUGGGUUUAUAAGUUAUGCGGUAGUAAAGUGUAGUUGUGUACCAGUUUUCUUGGUUUUUUAAAGUACGUCUUUUUUGGAUUAUAAAUCCAAUAAUUCACAUAUGAACAUCGAAUUCAUAGGAGAUAUAUGGAUGUACCAGAUAUUGGUCUCUUUGCUA